AUGCCAUAUAUGCGGCUAUCGACUCAUAUACUUCUCACUCGACGUAUAUCACACACAGAUAUCAAACGCAUGCGCUUUGCUUACACAUGCGAGGCUGCUAUGAGUGUGGGGUUGGGAGGUGUGAACGGCACAGACGCACCUCAGCUGAAGAGUGGGCACUCCAUCGACGGGCACGAUACGAUGAUGAAUGCCUCGGGUAUUGUCUACGUUCACCCAGAGUCCUGUCUCAGCAGUAGCUUGCCGGAUCUGGUGGUCUUUACAGAACUGAUGGCGGGAUCUAGCAAGCACAGCAAGCUCUUUAUGAAGGGGGUCACUAGUGUCAAGCCUGAGUGGCUGCCGGUUAUGGUGCCGCAUAUGUGUUCGUUCUCAAAGCCCUUGGAACAGCCCGCGCCUCGAUACGAUGCGAAGACCGACCAAGUAAAGUGUCACAUGAGCUCGGCGUUUGGCAAGGUGCGUGGAGUGUUAAUAAGUAUGUACUUGUAUGCUUGUUAUAUAUAA